AGUAGAGCCACUUUUCCUGGUUUAUUAGUGGACCUGUUUAGCAGUGAUAACCCUGAGGUCAACUCAGCCUUGUAGAAUGCUGUUUUGUGAGAUCAUCUUACUUCAAAACAUCAACAUUACAACGUCUCAGUUCGACAUGUGAGUUAUAUUUACGAUAAUUGAGGUAUCCUUACCUCUUUUGUUCAAGGCAGGAGCAGAUUGCUUUAAGAAAGAAAUUCUACACUACAUAAAUGACUCAGUGAUAUUCCAACAAUUACACGAGUUAAAAAAUGAAUUUCUGCACCAUAAUUUUGUUUAUUUUUUUUUCUGCAGUGGUUUGCCAGCAGUUGAUUGUGAGGGGAAAGGACAACAUACCCCACAAUAUUUUAGGCUAUUCGUCAUACAACAGUUACAAUUCCAAGGUUAAAGAACUCAUUUCUAAUAAGUUAAACAGUACUUACAGGUUUUUAUUACAAUAUAGUACAAGCUCCCCGCCUGUUCUCCUUUCAAGAAUCACGUCGGAACAAUUGAUAUUUUGGCAGUUUUUACAUUCUUUUCAACUCAAGAGCACUAACUUGACAGAUUUCUUAGGAUAUGUUUCAAAACAGCCAUCGUUUAAUAAGCCGCCCAAAGCUUUGAAAGAAUUGGAGUCUUUUAUUUCUACAAACUUUGAAUUGCCUGAAGAACUAAUUUAUGAAAUAAUCAAGUUUAUUGUUGUUGAAAAUCCUUUUGUUCCUCCAACAACUUUACAAAUGAUUUUUUACUUCAAUAACACAUAUAAAGCAUUUGAAAAAUCUAUAGCUAUGAAGGAUAUCGAUGUUGUGAAAUGGUUUUUAGAACAUGAAAAGUGGGAAGGAAAAAUAUUGAAUAGUGCCAUUAUCGAAACCUUGUGGAUAGAUGGUAAUGUUAAACUCAUAGAAUUGCUAAUGAAAUAUCGCCAAAUCAAAGUGGAUAAUUUUCCACUUUCUAUUAUCAAUGAACGUUUUAAAAAUAAUGAAACUGUCUUACAUGUUGCUUCUCGAUGUGGUUUUGAUGAUACAAUAUCCUUUUUGCUUUCGAAAUUCGGUGCUAAUAUCAAUUCAAAAGAUAUUGCUGGGAGAUCACCUUUAUAUAGAGCAGUAGAGAUGAAUAAGCAUAUAGUUGUUGAACAACUGGUUGCUAAGGGAGCUGAUAUAGUUAGUGAACCAUUAUUAGCAUUAGCAGUGGUAAAAGGUCACAUUGAGACUGUAAAAAAACUUCUGAACUUAAAUGUACCAUUGAAUAUCAAAGAUGAAAAAGGUGAUUUACCUCUAUUCUUGGCUGUGAAAACAGAUAAUGUUAAAAUAUUGGAAGUGUUUACAAAUGAUGAAAGUAUAAAAAAAGCUUUAUUGAUUGCUACUAAUAGUGUAGGAGAAAACUUACUACACAUUGCUGCAUCAAAAGGAUUUCUCAAUUGUGUAAAAUUUCUCAUAAAGUCGGGAAUCUCUAUCAAUGCUAAAAACAUUUACGGUGAAACUCCCCUUCACCAAACAGCUAGAGUCGAGAAUACAGAUGUUUUGAAUUUAUUAAUAAAAUCUGGAGCUGAUGUAAAGUCUCAAACAGAUUCCGGUGAUACGAUACUUCAUCAUGCUGCUGAAAUGGGCAAAAUUGGAAUUAUCAAAUUCCUGUUGGCUGGAAAGUAUGGUUUAUCUAUUAAUCAAAUCAACAGCAAUGGUGAAACACCAGUUAAUAAAGCUGCAUUGUCAGGGAAAUGUGAGAUGUUGAAAUUUUUGGUAGAAAAUAAUGGCAACAUCAACAUUAAAAAUGAGGGUUUCUCAAUGUUGCACAUUGCAGCUGCAGAAGGCAAUGAGAGGGCUGUUCUGUGUAUUCUUGAUUAUGGAAAAAUGAAUGUAGAUGAGCCUGGGCCAUGGGGCAUUACUCCUUUGAAUUUAGCUGUUUCUCAAGGCCAUACAAGAACUGCUGAGAUCCUUCUUAAUAGAAAGGCCAACCCAAAUGCUAAAACUAAAAAUAACUGGUCUCCUUUGCACAGAGCUGUUUUAAACUCUCAUUUGGACAUGAUAACGUUACUUCACAAGUACAAUGCAGAUGUAAAUGUUAAAAAUGAUAAAGGUCUAAAUCCUUUCAAGUUGGCUAUUAAAAACGAACAAGUGGCUGCUGCUGAGCUGAUUAGGGCAAUAUUUAAAGAUUUGAAAAUUGAAUUUGACUAGAAUAUUCAUUUGAUUGAAAUAUCUUAAUCUGGUAAAUUUAAAUUAUGAGUGAUCUGGUAAUAA